AUAGGAACUACUGUUCCAGCUUUUGCCACUAAUAAGAUUUCUUCACUUAUUAGCCUAUGGAUUAGCUUUCCUUUCCUUCCUGGUUAAUCAAGACUUCAGUUGGAAUAAUUUUCAAUUUUUCACUGCAUUUUCCUAGAAUCCCUCCUCCAGUCCCAUCUCAUUUUCUUUGCAUUCUUCUUCUUCUCUUGCCCUCUUUCUUGUUUUAUUAUAGGGGAUGAUGCAAUUUUGCUGGAUUUUUCCUUGAUGGUUUUUUUUCCUGGAAUUUUUUAAGAAAUACAAAUACAAUUUUCGAAACUAGAUUUUGUUACUCUUCUGUUGAAUUAAUUUGGUGACUGAAACAAAUACAAAGUAAUACACAUCCGGGUCAACUCCAGUUUUUGAAAUCGGCAGAAUCUGAUGCUAUUUGUUUUAUCUCAACCGCAAUUUCCAGUAAGGCACCUAAUGACACUGUAUAAAUCGGCAGCAUCUUAUUAUUUAAUAGGAUUUGUAUAAAAAUUGAUGCGUUUUCUACAUGGUAAUCUUCAUCCCUCGUUCCUGAAAGAAUCUACCACCUAAAAUACAAGUUCAGAAACUGACAAAAAUAGAGCUAAAUAUAACUCUCUUGCUUUCCCCUCAUCCCACACCCACAACAAUGAACAUUUUGAUCCCUCUUCUUCUCUUUCUUCUACCAGUUCUCUUUCCGUUAGCAGGAGAAGAAGAGGAUCAUCAAGAAAGCUACCUCCGGGAUCACUGGGAAUCCCAUAAUUGGCCGAAGCAUUGGCAUGCUCCGAGCCAUGAGGACAAACACGGGAGAAAAAUGGCCUUAAGAAAGAGUGAGGAAGUAUGGACCAAUCUCGAAGCUCACUCUCUUCGGUAAACCGACGGUGUUCAUUCUUGGACAAGCAGCAAACAAGUUUGUAUUCUACGGAGACAGCAGCAUGCUUGCCAACAAGAAACCAUCAUCCAUCCGCGCGAUUCUAAGGGACCGCAAUCUGAUGGAACUCAGUGGCCAAGAUCACAAACGCGUGAGGGACUCUCUCAUGUCGUUCUUGAGACCAGAAUCCCUGAAGCAGUAUGUGGGGAAAAUAGAUGAAGAAGUAAGAAAGCACAUCGAGUUGCACUGGCAGGACAUGGAAAAAGUUGCGAGCCGAUCUAGAGAAAUUCUUGCAAUGCUUUCAAGAAAUGAUAGAGGGAAUGUGAUCAAUACCAGUAAAGCUGCCGUUCACGCGCUAUAUUGGAGCCUCUGUGCAAGCUCCAGCGUCCAAGAUUUGUUGAAGGAAUUUGUACAAGAGAAGAAGGUGAAACUAGAGCAGCACACUGCAACUCCUCCUCAAGACUUGAUCACGUGCUUGUUAAGUAAGCACAACGAAGAAAACGAACGAGUUGUGACUGACAAGGAAAUUCUGCACAAUAUCAUGCUUGUCAUGGUUGCUGGACAUGAUACCUCGUCUGUCCUUGUAACUUUUAUGCUGUGUCUUCUGUCUAAAAAUCCUGCUGUUUAUGAAGCAGUUCUUCAAGGUACACGUUCUCUAUUUCCGGCAUCUUUUUAGAUUUGUUGAAUCCGCGAAGAGAUUCCUGCAGCCCAAAGGAAGGCAAAUAAAACAAAACGAAGAAGAAUUUGUUCAAACU